UCAUGCAAUUUGUCAAAUGCUUUUUUUUAUAAAUAUCCGAAAGUUUCUUUCUAAAUCCAAGAUCGCAUUUGAUUCAAAAGGCUUACAUCCCUCUAGGCCCACUGUACCAUUGAAAAAUCCCAACAAUCAGGUUGGCUUCUCAGCUGAAGCAAUUGUUGGCUGGCUUAUUUUGUCGUCAUCGUCGGUGUUUAUUAUAUUCGUAGUUCCAUACUGUGUUCUUUCACAAACGUCUCUUAUUUUACAAUUGUUCGUGGUUUGAAGAAAAUGGAAGUUUUAUUUGUUAAAUCGCAUAUAACAGAGAGAAUAACAUUUCAUUUGAAUAGCCAAAAAAUUUCGAUCUAAAUAUCGAAAUACAUACAUAUGUGACUAGUUAAACAUAUGUAUGUAUGUACAAGUGUAUAUUAAAAAAUUAUCACGUAGUCUAUCGGCUCCUACUGUAAUAUCCAACGUCAACAGCAUAAUUUAUAGAAGUGGCUAGUGUUAUGUAUCCUUAUGCACAUAUAUGUUUAUCCGAAUUCAAAUUGUGAUUUUCAGUUCCAUAAAUAGUGAAGCAAAGUGGUAAAAAUAAAAAUACAUAUGUAUAACUGAAUAAUGUUCCCUUAGAAAGAACAGGCAUACACAGCUACAUACCAAAUACUGAAGACAGCUGAAACUGUAUGUAUGUAUAUGUAUAAAUUUAUAAACAUAAAUGACUAAAAACUCUGCACUGUAAGCGUGUAUGCUAGUCAAAAUGAAAAGUUAUAAUAGAUUUAGAUAAAUUAAGUCCGAAAUUCGGAAGAUGUGUAAUCAAGUAUGUAUUAAAGCAUGAACAUACAAACAUUCAUAUAUGUACAAUACUCCUUCGUAUCAGAAAUAAAUACCUAUAUACAAGUCCAUGGUUAUAAUCCAGCCCAGUGCAAGGAGACUAAUGGAGGAUGCACACUAAGGAGUCUAAAUAAAAUAGAUUUUAUAUAUUCAGAAGAUGCAGGUGCACUAACUUUCAAAAUACUGAAUUAAGUUGAGUAGAAAUUAAAUACAAUUUUUACAAUAAAAUGUUACAAUCAACCCAAUCAACAUAUGGUGGCAGUGCGAAUAUCUACCAUCAGCUAGUGCAGCGAGAAUUGAACCUGCUGCCGCAACGAAACCCUCGUACAUUUUCCGGACUUUUAUUUACGGAGCGUUAUCGUGUUGCAAAAAAUUUAUUCAAGACUGAUUUGCGAGCUCAUUACGGCUGUGUGAAUGCUAUUGAAUUUUCAAAUGGUGGAAAAUAUCUCGCAUCAGGAGGCGACGACAAACGUGUGCUUAUCUGGGAUAUUGAAAAGGCUAUUGCUCGUCAUGGCAGACCGCGAAUAUUACAAACAGAACACACUAGCAAUAUAUUCUGCUUAGGUUUUGAUCGUUGUAAUCGUAUUGUUCUGUCUGGUGGUAAUGAUGAUCUGGUGGUUGCACAUGAUUUUGAAACUGGUAAACUUGUUAACGUGUUCAAACAUAACAAUCCUGUUUAUGGUUUAUCAAUUGAUCCUAAAUGUGACAGUAUUUUUGCGACAGCGUGUGAAGAUGGACAAAUUUUGGUAUUCGAUCAGCGCGUUGACGUCGCCGAUCCAUUAGUGGUAGCUCAACAGCAUACGUCAUUUCAUGCAGUCGAAUUCCACCCCGCUGGAGGGAAUUUUUUGGUAACUGCUAACUCUAAACGAGGAGCUGCUUUCUGGGAUAUACGUAAACCUCAUCAUCCAGUUAUUCAAUAUGGAGGACAUGUAGAUGAUCCACUAAGUUGUAUGAGUGUGCGAUUCAAUUCAAAUGGAAGCUUGAUAUUAGCGCUGCGCCGACGUUUACCACCAAUACUUUACAAUACACAAUCACCAGAGCCUGUGUGUACAUUCUUCCAUGGGAACUAUUACAAUUCGUGUACUAUGAAAAGUUGCACCUUUGCUGGCGAAAAUGAUGAAUUUGUCUUAUCAGGCUCGGAUGAUUUUAAUCUUUACGUAUGGCGUGUAUCUGAUGUGAACUUGGAGCGGACUGAUCAGUGGGUAGAGAACACCCAAAUGGUCUUGUACGGUCAUCGUUCUAUCGUAAAUCAAGUGCGCUAUAACCCGGAGAAAUGUCUUAUAGCCUCUUCUGGCGUUGAAAAAAUUGUUAAACUUUGGAGUCCCUUUACGCAGAAAGAUUGGUCGGGCUCAUUGUUGGAAGAAGCAACGUGCUCUGAAAAUCCGAGAGAAUUAUACUCACCUUACAACUUUACUUCGAUGUCUACAUCCCCACACAGCUGGUCACAUAUGUCGCAUGAUUAUAGCAGUCGCAAUACAAACGAGGAUCCCCGUAUGAUGGCAUUCUUUGAUUCAUUAAUUCAACAGGAAAUCGAAGGCUGGGAUGCGGACAGCUCAACAGAUUCAUCGCAUAAUUCAGACGACAGCCACUCUUGUUUUAGUUCUAAUGAUAGUUCAGAUAGUAGUCCAGAUGAUGAAAGCGAUGACGAUGAUGAUAAUGAUGACGGUGAUGGUAGAAAUGUUGUUAGUGCAGGCAUUAGCGUAGAAGUUAAUGUAUCAGAAGAAGGUGGGAUCGGCAGAGAGAAUAUUGUGGAACAGAGCAUUCCUACGGAAAAUAGUGUAACGCGCGAACGGGCAACUAGACACGUCAAACGACGGUUCACUAAACGAAAAGAUAUUAAACGCCGUAAAUCAGUUUCCAGAAAAAGAGUCAAACCGCAGCGUCACGCUUUCGCCAACCGCAUCGCUUACUUAAUUGCAACUAAACGCAGUCGUCUGCGUCGUUUAGCUAUAAAAGGAGCUUCGCUAGGUAACAGACGACCUUACAAAAUUCUCAAAGUACGAGACAACGGCUCCGGAAAAUGUGAGGCCAGCUGUAGCAAAUCAAUGCGCUCAAAAACACAUCUUAAGCGUCAUCAAUCAUCUCAUCGACGUGAUCUCAAUUUAUCACGUAGAAAUAAUUUUGUUACUGAUCCAGAUGCGCUGAAUGGAAAUAUUGCAUCUACCUCAAGUGCUGCUUCAUCUAGCCAAGCGAUGACCGCUAUUACAUCAGAAGCACCCACGGGAGUAGCGGGUAUAGCAAGCAGUCACCGUUAUCAACGUAAAAAAUAUAAAAAACAUAGCGUUUGCGAUACCUCAUCAGACGAUAGCAGGGAGCCCACAGGAGCUAUUUCUUCUAUUCCCAGUAAUGCGCCGAGCACAAGCACUGGAAUAACAACUACGCUAAAGGACGACAUCAUUCGUUUAAGACAGCAUCAACAACACAUCAUCGACUCUGAUGAGUACGAAGAUGAUGAUGUGCCAUCGUUAUCAUCAUCGGCGCAACUACGUCGCAACGAAAACGCCAUUGAUGUCGAAGUCGACCCGACUAUUCAACCGACAAAGAAACUGAAUGGUGUACGCCGUAUUAAUGAUGCUGCCAUCAGGGAGCGCGGCAAUAUUCUCAAUGAACCAAUUGGCGAUUCCGAACGUUUGAUCAGUUUUAGUGUAGAACCUGUUUUCGAUGCACACUCCAUCAUCCCUACAAAUUCUAUGCAAGCUGAUAUUGAAAAUCCACAAAUUUCAUCUAGUAGUUCGUCUCACACAAUUCCAAUUAUGAACAAUACUGUGACAGGCACUAUAGAGACAACUCAACUACCUCAAACACAUAGCGUAGAUUCGCUGUUGAACAACCACAACAUCGGUAAUAUUAAUAAUAGCAGCGAGAGUAGCGUCGGCCACAUUGUCAUCUCCAAUCGCCGACGACGUGCGCAAAUGGCGCUUUUGGAUAACUACUCGAGUCACUCGAACUCUAGGCUAUCAAACAGCAGUUAUCCCGACGAGGCAGUCGAGUCAUCAACCUCAUCCUCGUAUUUUGUUAACGAUGCGAUUCCUAGUACCAAUGAAUAUGGUCUAAAUGCUACCAAUGGUAUAAUUAGUGGCAACGAGGAUAAUCAUAAUAGUGUACAUGUAUAUUCCACACCGAUAAAACGACGAAAAAUUGCCAUCCUUUCGGCACGUGACGACGUUGAAGCCGUUUCUGAUCACGAAGCAGAUGCAAAGUGGAGCCAUAGCAACAGCAAUAAUAAUAUGGUACAAAACGACUUUGACUAUCCGGUCAGUAGCAACAGAAUUGGCCAUAGUAGCAGCCAUACCAAUUUCCAUCACAACUCGGUUCAAACGAAUGGCAUUUGUGUAGGUGACGACGAACAGUCAGAAGAAGCCGAGUCGAGUUUGCACAAGUCCCACCAUAGAGACAUUGGUGGCAAUAACAGCAAUAACAGUAAUAACAACAAUAAUAUUAGCAAUGCUAGUCACCAUAAUUAUGAAGUAACUCAUGAGCAAAACCAACAGAAUAUCACAAUGCUGCUUCGUACGCCCGAUAGUGGCAUCAGUAUAGGCGCCACCAUAACACCCAGCCGAGGGAGUACGAUCUGCCCCAGCUCAAAUGAUUCUACAACUAGUCGUUGGCAUCACAGUAACGGUGCUUUAUCGAGUAGUGAUGGAGGAACAACACCGAUCCACAAUCCACAAACUGCUGUUGGCAAUAAUCGCUUAUUGCCACUCUGUGACGACACCAACACGAAUGCUGGACCAAUUGGAUUGUUUCAUCAGAAAGCAGCACGUAUUCGUCGUAAUUAUCGCAAAAAAUUUGCUGAGGACACAGAUGAAAGCGAUUAAUGGACUGACCGAGAAAUAGAUACUAAAAGAAAGAAAUCUAACAAAAGUAAAAUUGAAACAAAAAACACACACUGAAAGCGGAACAUUCAUACAUAAAUUCUUAAGCAGACUUUUAAUGGAGUGUAAAGUUUUUGAAAAGAGCACUCACUAUGUCUUUUUUAUCGAAUUCAAGCGAAGUCAUUUCUUCUGAUUUGGCUGGACAAUGCGCAGUAACUCAUUAAUAUUAAUAUUACCUACAUACAAACAUUAUAUUCUAAGAAUUAUUCAAAAUUAAUACAUUUUCUGUGAAUACCUAAAAGUGCAUAAAUAUACUUAUGAAAUUAUUGAUCAUUAGAUAAUGAGUAUUUCUAUCAAUAAAAUAAAAAUUAUCAAAUGCA